AGGCCAAUGGGGUGCAGAGACUGGACUCAGAAUAACUGGGUACAGGGCAGGGGGACCAGACGCUGGCCUCUCUGGAGCAGGAAACCAGCCUGGGCCGGGCUCGUCUCCUGUGGGCUCAGGUUCAUAGUCCAGACCCCUGGGCGGCUCGGGGUGGGCAGGCGGCCCAGCACACUGAUGAAUGGUGCACAGAGAGCAGAGACAAGGGUGAAUGGGACACAUACAGCCGUGCAAGGGACGGGCACAAGGCGUCCAAAACCACAGGAAGAGGGCACCGGCCCCUGGGCCCCGGGCCCGGCACACAGGCCCGCGAGCUGUGUCAAUGGGGCAUUCAGUGGGCCCAACCAGCCGGUACAGGCUGUCCAGGGCCCUGGCGACCAUAGAAUAGAGUCCUGUUCUCCAGCUGACGGGGCCAGCUCACCCAGGCUGUGAGGGCACUCAGGUGACCAGGACACGGGCCCCAGGUAUUCACAAGUGGGGUCAGAGACACUGACUCUUGGGGUCCUGGGGUGAACAGGGAGCCUGGGACAAAGUGGGGGGCUCACACAAAUCUCCAGACGGUGGUGGAGCAAGUGAGGGAGGCAGAGACCCCCAUCCAGUUGGUGAGUGGGUUCCAGCCAGGAGAUGAUGGGUGGGUGCCACCAGACCCUCAGGGAAAUGGGGUUCACCUGGACACCCCAAGGAGUGGUGUGAACAGUCCUAAAAGCCCAGGUCUCAGAACACAGGCACCACCCCAAAGGGCCAGAGCACAGUGUCACAGUCGAGUGGGGAGCAGGUACCGAUGCUCCGAUCAUGGGGUGCAGCCCCUCCCAAAGAUGAGGUACAGUUCCUGUGUGGUCAGAUAAUGGGGUAACCUCCCUGGAUGCUCGGGUGAUGGGCAAAUUCUUCCCUGGUGCUUGGAAGACGGGGUUCAGUUGACCUGGGAGGUUGGAAUGUUGGGGUACAGCCACCCAGGUGAGCAGAGCAUGGACAAUCUGAGUUACAGGUGACUGGGGCACACAGAGUGGUCUCAGGGUACAGAGGACAGGGCCCGCUGAGCACCCCCCGGCCAUCCUGGGCUCUAGGGGAAGGGGCACCCGGGCAGUCGGGGUGCACAGCGGGUCAGCACAGGCGGAGAGCGCGCGUGCUGAGCUAGCACGUCCCACACAUGUGUGCCAGCAGCUCCCGGCUCCCCGGCCAGUGUCUGCCUUGUGUUCCAACCUCAGACAUUCCCCAGGCGCCCUCAAAGGAAGAGCCCCCGUCCAGGAGCCCCGCCAGGGUCUCCACGGGGCUGCUGGCUGCCAAGCCGCCGUCUCGGGGCCGAGGGGCUGGCCGCGGGGUGGUCGCAGGCUGCCAGCUCUGUUUGGUUUUCUCCUUCCUGCCCAGGAACCUCAGACGCCGUCUCGCCACGGAGGCGCCCUCAUCCUGGGGAGGCACAAAGCCCUACACAGCCAGCCUGGGGAGCGGCUCGGGGGGCCCUCGUGUCCCCCACAGCACAGGCGCCUGCUGGCCGAGGUGCCCUGUGGCCUGCCCUGAGGUGGGCGCCUCCUGGGUCAGCUUCUUCCAAGCCCCCCUCACCCCAGCUAGGUCAGCGUGGAGGAUGGGGAUGCCCACGUGGCAGGACCCAGUGUCGAGCCACACAGGCACAGCUCACGGCCCCCACAGCCCAAGCGCUCUGGGCCUGGGCCCUGCUGGUGCAGCAGGUUCUGUGUUAAGCAUUAACCAGCCACGUCUCACUGCCAGCAGCAGAUAAGGGGUGGGUGAGACACCUGGCCUGGGACCUGGAGGGACUGGACCAGAUCAGCUGGCCACAGCACAGUGGGGGAGCUCGGAUGUGCAGGCCCAACUGAAGCGGCACGGCACCAUCGGGGACAGACUGCAGGGAGGGCUUCGGUCCCCUGGCUCUCCCGCCAUCCAGAUGAGGGCUGCUCGUUGGGAAACCCAGAGCUCCAGGGACCGGGGCAGAGCACAGACAGGAUGGCCUCCACCAAGCUCCCUGGUCCCGGAAGCUGGGUGGCAGCAGGACCCAGCAGGCCCACGUGACCCUGUGAGAGCUCCACCCGGCAUGGCUUGGGGAGGCCCCAGCUCCAGGGCCUGCAGACCCCUGCCCAGCUCCCACCCUCCUCACCCUUGGUGUGGGGCAGCCAGCGGUGCCGGAAGGCCGCCCCAUGACUCAGCAGCCCCUUGGAGGGCCAAGCUGCACAGGCCAGUCUGCCCCCUCCCAGGGUCAGCCCGCUGGGCCCAUCACUCGGCUCGAAAAGCCCCUGGGGCUCAGGACCCCUCCAGCCCUGAGGGACCCCUGGAAAGGCUGGGCCCAGACCCUCAGCCCAGGUUUGGGGGGCUGCCUCCCCAGAGUUUUCUGGCUCCUGAGGGCCAGCAGUUCCGGCCACGAGGUGGGGCUCCCCGAAGCCCUGCCUCCCACACCCUUCCUCCCACUGAGCUUUCCUGAUCACUAGAGGCACAGGGAGCACUGGGCUCCGGCCGCAGGCUGCAAGUGGGCCUGGCCUCUUGGUGUCCAGGGUCUGAGAGGAAGGCCUGAGGCCGGCUAGCCAAGGAAGUGUUGGGCAUCAGGUGAGAGCCGCACACGUGGGGUUCGCCAGCAGAUUGUGGGGAGAUCUGGCACACAGAGGGCGUCCACGUCUCAGUUGACUGGUGGUGGAGGACAGUGGUCAGCAGGCAAAGAGGCUUUGAGUUCCACACAGGGAGCAGGAGGCUGUUUGAACCUGGCCUGGCCUCCUACUUCAGGACCCCCUGAGGCUCCUGCCACCUCCUUCCAUCCCCAGCCACUAGGGGUGCUCUGCCAGCCACAGGGCAGGAGGAUGGGGCGCCCACCUGGUCCCUCCAGCCCCCUGGCCCCAGCUGGCACCACAGCUAUGCCAGGGCUCAUUCCGGACCUCAUCUCUGGGAUCCCCUGGCCCCUCUGGGCACUCAUCCUUGUGGCCCUGGCUGCCAGUGCCCUGAUCGUGUCCUGUCUGCUGUGUGCCUUCUGUUGCUGCCGUCGCCGCCACAAGAAUCAGCCUCGAGACAAGGAGGCCGUGGGCCUGGGCAGUGCCCGCAGUAGCACCACCACCCACCUGGUGCAGCCAGAUGUGGAUAGACUGCAAGGCGACCCAGAGGACCCUCGACAGUGGGGUCGCCUGCAGCUCUCCCUGGAGUACGACCUGGGGAGGGAGGAGGUAAAGGUGGGCCUGAAGCAGGCAGCCGACCUGAGGGCGGGGGGCACGGCAGACCCCUAUGCCCGCGCCAGCGUCUCCACUCAGCCGGGGCACGGGCACGAGACGAAGGUGCACCGUGGGACGCUCUGCCCCGUGUUUGAGGAAACCUGCUGCUUCCACGUGAGUCUGGGCGGCAGGCGGUGGCCUGGGCCGGGUGGCAGGCUUGACUCACAGCCCUCUGCAGGUCCCGCAGGCAGAGCUGCCUCGGACCACCCUGCACGUGCGGCUGCUGGACUUCAAGCCCUUCUCGGAGCACCGGCCCCUGGGGGAGCUCCACUUGCCGCUGGGAGCGGUGGACCCGCAGCAUGUGCUGGAACGCUGGUACCAGCUGGGCCCGCCGGGUCCCCAGGAGGUGAGGCCCAGGGUGGCAGCAGUGCAGGCAGACUCCCCCCGGCAAGGCCGAUCCCCCAGCGGAAGCCUUCUGGGUGCCCACAGCCCGAGCAGACCGGGGAGCUGUGCUUCUCGCUGCGGUACGUCCCCAGCUCUGGCCGCCUGACAGUGGUGGUGCUGGAGGCCCGAGGCCUGAGUCCAGGACUGGCAGAGCCCUACGUGAAGGUCCAGCUCAUGGUGAACCAGAGGAAGUGGAGGAAGAGAAAGACCUCUGCCAGGAGGGGCACGGCCAGCCCCUACUUCAACGAGGCCUUCACCUUCCUGGUGCCCUUCAGCCAGAUCCAGAGCGUGGACCUGGUGCUGGCUGUCUGGGCUCACGGUCUGCGGUUCCGAGCUGAGCCUGUGGGCAAGGUACUGCUCGGCUCCCGGGCCUCCGGCCAGCCUCUGCAGCACUGGGCAGAUAUGCUGGCCCAUGCCCGGCGGCCCAUUGCUCAGUGGCACCGUUUGAGGCCUGCCAUGGAGGUGGACAGCACCCUGGCCCUGCGGCCCCGACUGCACCUACCACUGCCCGGCUCCUGACAGCACCCUGAGCUUCAGCCCACUCCCAGGAACCCCCUGUAAUAAACACCCUCUUUCCACCA